CCAGCGCCGUUUAGUUUUGGCCCAACUCUUUUUUUCAUUUAAAUAUUAUCGAAAGGAUAGGUUGCGGAGUUCCCAAUUUUGAAAUUUGUGUGCGGAUAUGGCUUCAGACUCGUUCGUGUCUGUUCCUCAAAUCCGAGCACCUCUUACCCUGGAAGUAGAUGAUUCCGAAUUCGAUGUUUCAAGUAAUGCCACUCUUUCUCAAUCCGGUUACACCUCUCAAGAAGAGGAAGGAGAAGGAGAAGGAGAAGGGAGUUUUGAAGUUGACGAGUGUGUGCAACUAUCUCCCAUGCAUGCUGCACCUUUGCGGGUUACGCCCUUUGCUCAAUUGUCUACCUUUAACGAUGAUGAAGAUGACACUGAAGAAGAAGAAGAAGGAAAAGGGGAAAUGUUGAGUGUUGCGAGAGUGCCGGGAAACGUUGUUGGUGGACCCAGAAUUAAGAUGCUGGACGCGGAAGAAGAAAAUCACGACAGUUCCAUUUUUAUGAACUCGUUACCCGUUAGUCAAUCAUUGCUUGAAAAUAAUUUCGCCUUUUUCAGUGGUAGUGACGAGGAAUUGGAGGCUGAUGAGCAUGGUCUGGACCAGGACCAAGUUAUUGGAAUUAGGGUUGCUUAUAAUGAAUACUCUAGUGCGACAGAUUCAGAUUUCUUCAUGUCUCAGCAUUCACAAGACGAGGGAUUUGGCAUGGGAAGACUGGUAUUGAAUGAAUUGGAGAAUGUGAAGUUGGUUGAGGGUCAUAGUGAUGCCACAAUGCAAGGGAAGUUGGUGGAAGGAACUACGAUUAUGGGCUUGCUGGAGUCCAGUGUUGAAGAUUAUAGUAACUGCAUAACGCAGGCACAGAAUACGAGUUUUAAUGAUCUACAAGAACACGACUCUCAUGUACAUUGCAUGGCAGGUGAACCUGUAUCUGAAGCCUGUGCUGAAAAUGUCGAGUAUAGUACAGCAACACGACCCGCUGAAGCUGAUGGAAGUCCAGGAGUUGUUUCUUAUCAAGAAAAUGAGUGCGAGAGUCUGGUAAGUAUACCUAGGUCUCUGGUAAACUCAAAUGCUGAAUUGCAUGAUUCUUCUGCUGGUUUUCAAUCCAAUGAUGAUGCUUAUGAAACUAACAAAAUUCAUUGUGUUGAGUCUUGUGAACUUCUUGACCCCGCAUUUCUUGAAGAAUGUUAUGUGGAAAAGGAUUUGUGUAAAACCAUUUUAGGUGUUAGUCAAGAAGAUGAGCUAUUUUGUGAUUACCUUUUGCAUGAAAAUGUGGAAACACUUGAACUGGGAUAUACUGCAAAAGAAGAGGCUACUGUUGAGUUAAACUCGGCAUGUCAAGAAUCAGAUAGAGAAGUUUAUGCUUCAGACGGAGAUGUGGAAGGGUUGAUGUCAGUUGCCCUUGAGCAGUUCAGGGAACAAAUUUCAGCUCUCUCUAUUCUUCUGGGUUCAAAAGGUUCUGGAAAGGAGUCUCAAGAAAAACGGGCCAUCAGGAGUUCACAUGGAACAAUGAACUUACCAAGGAAUGAUGCAAAAAGCCAAUUCGUUUAUGCUGAUAGUGAUGCUGAAUCAGAUGGCAGCACAACUACAUUCACCUCUGCUGAUGAAUCCAAUGACAAUGUUAUCUUUCUCAAGGAUGCAGCUAGUUUCGGUUCCUUUCCAUAUUACGAUGUUCAAGCUGGUCUCCAAUGCAACAUAACUGAGAAAGAAAAGGAAAAAAUACAGAAGAUACUGGUCGUAAGUGUGAAAUUCUUGAGGCUUGUCCAGCGAGUAAAUUUAUCUCUUGAAGAUUCCUUGGUUUCAAAAGUUCUAUGCAGGUUGGUUGCAGGUAUUGAAAGGCGCUUGAAUCAGGAAUUUGUCAUUAAAUCAGCAAAAGCAGCUGCAAAGAAGCUUGAAGAAAAUUGUCUAGAUGAUUUGGACUUUUGUUUGAACAUUUUAGUUCUUGGGAAAAGUGGGGUGGGAAAGAGUGCAACCAUAAAUUCUAUUUUUGGUGAUAUGAAGGUAGUGACAAAUGCAUUUGAACCUGCCACGACUUCUGUUAAAGAGGUUUCUGGAACUAUAGAUGGAAUCAUGAUCAGAAUCCUCGACACACCUGGUCUCAAGUCCCAUAUGAAGGAGCAAGCUUACAACAGAAAGAUAUUGUCAUCUGUAAAGAGGUACAUGAAAAAGUUUCCUCCCGAUGUCAUUCUCUAUGUUGAUCGAGUAGAUGCCCAAACCAGAGAUCUAAAUGAUUUACCAAUAUUAAAGUCGAUCACAAGUUCUCUUAGUCCCUCAAUAUGGCAACAUGCAAUUCUUACUCUUACACAUGCUGCUUCUGUUCCUUCGGAUGGACCAUCUGGGUCCCCUUUGAGCUAUGAAGUAUUUGUUGCUCAAAAAUCCUAUCUUGUUCAACAAUCAAUCACUCAAGCAGUACGUGAUCUGUGUCAAUUGAGUCCAAAUUUCAUGUUUCCAGUGGCCCUUGUCGAAAACCAUCCACUGUGUGGAAAGAAUAAGUCUGGUGACUGUGUGCUUUCCAAUGGACUUAGAUGGAGAAGCCAAUUAUUAGCUUUGUGUUCCUCUCUGAAGAUCCUAUCUGACUUGUCUACUGUUUCAGGACCUCAAACUCUUUUUGAUCAUUGGAAGCAUUUUUUCUUCCAGGACCAUUCCCAGCCUCUGUACCACGUAUUCUCUUCAUUGUUGCAGUCUUCUGCUCAUCUAAAAUUUUCUGCUAAUUGGAAUUGACUUGGAUGUUCACUUAACAAAUGAUUUUAGUGAAAAUGAGAAAUAUGAUAGCUGGAUUCACGUCUCAGCUCUUUUUGAUGUCAA